CUCCAUGAAAUGUCUAGUAAAAACAUUAAAAGAAUCCAAAUAAAUGGACAAAGAUAAAGAUAAAAUUACAGUACGUGAAGGCCAGGACAGGCCAAGCCAAGCCAGUCAAAGCAAAUACCCGUCCUCCACGCCAAGCAGUUUCUGAAGACGGCGUCGUUAAGGGCUACUUGUCUUGUCUUCAUACACACAGUCGAAAUGGUCGAUAGUAGCAGUAGCAAGCAGCUAUAGCAAAGUAGGUCCAGUUCACAGAAGAAGCUGUGCCUGCUGUUUUGAAGUGACUGGAGGGACAGUUUGUCUUGUGCCCGUGAAAUCUGAUCAAAGCCUGAGAAACCCAUUAAAGCUAAAGCAAAACCCAGUUCAUUAAUAUGGUGCACCCACUAAACCGACUAUAAUUAGUCAAUACAUGUUUUAGAGAGAGAAAGUGAGUGACUUUGGGUGUGACAUUUGGACUGCUGGGUUUUAAUGGCAACUGUUGAAUUUAGCAGUGUUUUACCCACAUGAGAUUAUGAGGUCUCGUUCGUACACUUUUUUAAAAUUUUGGGUCUUUGUUUAAAUCUUUUUUUGGAGAAUGAUCUUUAAUGUGAGUUUUAAGGGAUCUUAAAGAAAAAAAGCAAAUUUUAAAAAAGAAAGGCAAGGAGAGAGAGAGGGCAGAGUGAGACUAAAGAAAAGCAAAAGAAAAGGUCUUUCUCACAUACAGAGAUGCCUAUGGAAUGAGGGAAGGAUACCCAACAUUGCUCGCUGGAAUUCAUUCUUUUUGUUUAGUUUAAAGGACCUUGUUUUGUUUUCUUUUUACAUAUUACAUAUCUUUUCAGUUUCCACAGAGAGAGAGAGAGAGAGACACACAGAGAGAGAGAGAGAAAGAGGGGGUUAGCAGUAUAGAUAGAUUCAGUUGCAGGAGUUGGGAUUUGUUUUAGAUGAGUGUUAGAUUUGGUCCAAUCAGCUCUGCAGCUACCCAACAAAAGACCCAGUUUUGAAAAAACAGAGGCAAGGCAAGGCCAGACCAAGCAAAGCAGAGAGAAAAAAAGAAAAAUGUUAGUAUGAUUAGUUUAUAUUCUACCCAAUGAUUGAGUUGCCUUGCCACAAGAGAAACUUACCAACAAUCUCUGAUCAGAAUAGGGAGGAAGGAGAGAAAAGCUCAAACCUUGAGAGUGAGAGAGACCAUGAAAUCCAUGAGUAAUGAUGGUAGCAGCAACAACAACAACAACAACAACAACAGUAAUAAUAACAAUAAUAACUGGUUGGAUUUUUCUCUCUCCCCUAAUAUGAAAAUGGAAGCCCCAUCUGAGCCUCAUCAUCACCAUCACCAUCACCAAAUUUCAGAGUCUUCUUCUUCUUCUGUUGCUGCUAUUGCCUCCUCUGUUCCAACUAGUUUCUUCCACUCCCCACCUCACUUCAACUAUGGAAUAUACUAUGGAGUUGAAGGAGAUACCAGUGCUGGCUUGUACUCUCCUUUGUCCAUGAUGCCACUCAAGUCUGAUGGCUCUCUGUGUAUAAUGGAAGCUCUCAACAGGUCACAGCAGCCUCAAGGAAUGGUAACAACAACAACUACUUCAACGCCAAAACUAGAGGACUUCUUUGGUGGUGCAACCAUGGGGACCCAUUAUGAAAACAAUGACAGAGAAGCUAUGGCUCUCAGCUUAGACAGCAUGUUUUACCAACAAAACAACCAUCAUGAGCCCAACAACCAAAACUUGAUCAACCAUCUUCAGCAGCAGCAGCAGCAACAGCAGCAGAACCCCAGGCACCAAGAACAAUCAGUGCAUCAGGUUCAGGUUCAGGCCCAACAACAACAAUAUUCAUACUACUCUGGCCUCAGAGGCCAUGAGAUGAUGUUGGAGGAGGGGCACAAGGAAACCCAUCUUGCAGCAAAUAAUUACAAUCUCCAGCAGCCAAGAAUGGGGCUUGAUCAGAGCAUUUCUGAGAUGAAGAGCUGGAUUUCAAGAAAUUAUGCAGCUAACCAUGCAAUGGAGCAGAAUAUGAUUGGCUGCAUGGGUGAUAAUGGAGCUGAAUCUGGGUCUAUUGGGGCAAUGCCAUAUGGGGAUUUACAGUCUUUGAGCUUGUCCAUGAGCCCUGGCUCCCAAUCAAGCUGUGUUACUGGUUCACAGCAAAUCUCACCUACUGUGGCUGAUGGUGUGACCAUGGAUACCAAGAAAAGAGGGCCUGAAAAGGUGGAUCAAAAGCAAAUUGUUCAUAGGAAGUCCUUGGAUACAUUUGGCCAGAGAACUUCUCAGUACAGAGGAGUCACAAGGCAUAGAUGGACUGGUCGAUAUGAAGCUCAUCUAUGGGACAACAGUUGCAAGAAAGAAGGUCAGAGCAGGAAGGGAAGGCAAGUUUACUUGGGAGGUUAUGAUAUGGAGGAAAAAGCUGCAAGAGCUUAUGAUCUAGCAGCACUCAAGUAUUGGGGACCAUCCACUCACAUUAAUUUCCCAUUGGAAAACUAUCAAAAAGAACUGGAGGACAUGAAGAACAUGACCAGACAAGAAUAUGUUGCCCACUUAAGGAGGAAAAGCAGUGGAUUCUCAAGAGGGGCUUCAAUGUACAGAGGAGUGACUAGCAGACAUCAUCAACAUGGAAGAUGGCAAGCUCGGAUUGGAAGGGUUGCUGGAAAUAAAGAUCUUUAUCUUGGGACAUUCAGCACCCAGGAGGAAGCUGCUGAGGCUUAUGACAUAGCAGCCAUAAAAUUCCGAGGACUGAAUGCUGUUACCAACUUUGACAUAACAAGAUAUGAUGUGGAUCGAAUUAUGGCAAGCAAUACCCUUCUUGCUGGAGAACUUGCUAAGCGAAACAAGGAGACCGUACCGGUUAACGAGGCUGCUACUAAUCAAAACCAUGUUGCCCAAACCAGCAAUGGGGAAGCCAUUGUCUCACUGAAGAACAUUAACGAAGGUGAAGAUUGGAAAAUGGCACUUUACCAGUCAUCCCAGCAGCUUGAUCAGAAGCAACCAAGCACUGAACCUCACAAUGUGAUUCAAGCCGAGGCGGAGGACUCUGCCAAAAUGGGGGCUGCUCACGUGUCCAAUGCCUCUUCAUUGGUGACAAGCUUAAGCAGCUCAAGAGAGGGCAGCCCUGAUAAGUCUUGCCUGCCAAGUUUCUUUGGAAUGCCUCCAUCUGCUUCCAAGUUCUUCACAAGUUCAAGUGACACAGUGAGUUCUUGGAUCCCAACAGUCCAAUCCAGGCCAGGACUCACCAUGCCUCACAUGCCAAUUUUUGCUGCCUGGACAGAUGCAUAGCCCUAGGCCUUUGUGUUUUUGCUCAUCUGUGGAAAGUUUUUGCCUCAAUUACAUGCAAACAAUAGUUCAUGUAGUUUUAUCUUACUGGAGGGGAAAUUGUGGUUAAUGAUGGCCUUGGUGGGGCCCUUCUGUGAACAAAGUAAAAGAAAACUUCACUUAUGUUUUAAGCCUAUCGUAUCAAAAUGUUGAAACAAAUUGAGGGGAAAAAGCAGUGAAGAGGCUAAGGAUUGAAGUGAAUUUAUGAAAUGAUAUGCUAAUGGUUUUCAUAAUUUCCAAA